ACAGCACACUACAAUCACAGAAUAAGUAUAAGACAAUAUGCAGGACACAGGUCACAGAUCAAAUUUCAAAACGUCGAACGUUCCUAUCUCGAAACUAACAAAAUCCUGUUUGAUUAAUCAAAUUAUUAAGUUAAAUGUGUUUUGUGUUAUGAUAAGUACUAACUAUAUAGAUAGUUAAUUAACUGUGGUUAGUACACGCUGUACCUUAUUUGCUCUAGACAAACGAAUAACGAUUUACCAUUUACGAUUGUUGUGUAUUUCUGUCACCGUAUUAUUAUUAUUGUUGUACGCUACCACUUUUUUUUUUCGAAUAGAUUUAUUGUUUAACAGUUAACAAUUGUACGUACCUGCAUAGGUACUUAAAAUAUUUCCUACGAGCGUAUAGCUUGUAUUUAAUUUACCUGAUAUAUGUUUUCAACUAUAGAAAAAACACUGACAUCUACUGAACAUGAUAAAGGACCAUGUGUCGUUGAAUUUCGACACAGUUUUGUUGACGGGUCCUACACAAAAAUACAGCUGCAGAAGUUUUUAUCGAAGGUGUUGGAGACAAUUAUCAAAGUUACAAAAAUUAAUUUUAUACCUGUUGGCUAGUGUAAUAUUAAUUUCAAUCCUUUUGUGGUUCAUUGGAACUAGUAAGAAUUUUGAAGAAUUAUCCGAGACCAAUGUUCUUAAGUUACCACAACCGACUAUUUGGCCUCAGAAUGUUAAAGGAAAUUUGCCAAAUUAUGUAGAUGCUGUAAAGUUAAAUGAAAUUGAAGAUGUUGAACCUCCUGAUCAAAAAGAACAAAUAGCUGCACCAGUAUCUAAUGAUGCUGUAAACCUGGUGUCUAGUGAAGGUAUUCAGUUUAUGCCAGCAACAGGUCAUAGACAAACUGCAGUUUUAAAUGCAUUUAAACAUGCAUGGAAAGGAUAUUGCAAUUAUGCCUGGGGACAUGAUCACGUAAAACCUAUAAGUAGAAAAUACCAAGAUUGGUUUAAUCUAGGAUUGACUAUUGUUGAUUCUUUGGACACAUUAUGGAUAAUGAAUUUGAAAAAAGAAUUUGAUGAAGCUCGUGAAUGGGUUAGUACCAGUUUUAACCUUGAUCAUUAUAAAGAUGUCAACCUAUUUGAAACUACAAUUAGAGUGUUGGGUGGAUUUUUAAGUGCUUAUCAUUUGUCGGGUGAUUCAUUAUUUCUUGAUAAAGCUCUAGACAUUGGUUCACGACUUAUGCCAUGUUUUACAAAAUCUCCAUCACCAAUACCAUAUUCAGAUGUUAAUCUUAUCUCACAUAUGGCUCACUCGCCCAAAUGGAGCCCAGAUUCGAGUACAGCCGAAGUAUCUACUAUACAAUUAGAAUUUAGAGAUUUAUCAAGGUCUACUGGUACAAAAAAUUUUGAAACUGUUGCAUUCAAAGUAUCUGAACAUAUUCACACAUUAGAAAAACCUAAUGGACUCGUGCCUAUUUAUAUAAAUCCAAAUACAGGCAAAUUUCAUAGAGGGUCUGAGAUUAAAAUUGGUGCUAGAGGUGAUAGUUAUUAUGAAUAUCUUUUGAAACAAUGGAUCCAGACUGGGAAAUCAAUAGAUUUUUUGAAGGAUGACUAUUUGGAAGCCAUUGAUGGUAUAAUCACACAAUUAGUGCGAACAUCGCCCAAAAGAAAUUUAACAUAUAUAGGAGAACUGAAGGCAGGAUCACGAAAUUUUCAUCCAAAGAUGGAUCAUUUAGUAUGCUACCUGCCGGGCACAUUAGCGCUUGGUGUUCAUUAUGGUAUGCCAUCUAGUCAUAUGAGAUUGGCUGAAAAACUGAUGGAAACAUGCUAUCGUAUGUAUGCCGAUCAACCAACAUUUUUAUCCCCGGAAAUAGUAUAUUUUGGUACAAAUGUGGAUGUUAAUCAAGAUAUGUAUGUUAAUAUAAAUGAUGCACACAGUCUAUUACGGCCUGAAUUUGUUGAAAGUCUUUGGUACAUGUAUCAAAUAUCAGGCAAUACAACAUAUCAGGAUUGGGGUUGGUUAAUAUUUCAAGCAUUUGAACGAUAUACUAAAGUAGCUGGUGGUUUUACGUCCAUUGGCAAUGUGUUAGAUCCAGAAGAUACACGUCCUCAAGACAUGACUGAAUCAUUCUUUUUUGCAGAAACCCUUAAGUAUCUAUAUUUGUUAAUGUCUGAUGAUCGGCAUAUGUUAUCUAUCGAUAAGUAUGUGGUUAACAGUGAAGGGCAUCCAUUGCCAAUUAAUAACCGGUGAUAAAUAAUUAAUCUAAUUAUUUAUAGUUUUGCUGUUGAGUUAAUGCAUGAAAUUUUAUUUGUCUUUAUUGGCUGUGAAUUUUUGUUUUAUCGGUUUUGUAUACUUGUCCACAAUUACCACAAAAUAUUUAACAUACUUUUAAUACUAACUAAAAUUUUUAAAUUUAAAUAUUUUGAUAUUUAAUUAAUGGUUAUAACAUUUUUAUUUAUUUUUGAUUACUACUAUGGUGUUUUAAAUUUAUCAAUGUUAAUAACUUUCUUUAUCUCUUAUAACAACAUUUAGUAAAUACAAUAAUUAACACUCAGAGUCUAAAUUGAUGGUUGAAAAUUAAAAUAUAAGUAUGCCAUUAUUAAAUUGCUUUAAUUGGAUUAAAAAGUAUUAAAUGUACUACUUAUACUUACUUAAUGUACAUAAGUGAUUAAAUUAUUUAUAAUAAAUUUAAAUUGUUGAAAUGUUUUAUAAGUUAUACAUUUUUUAACUAUAAAAUUGUUAAUAAUUACAUUAUUUGAUAUGUAUACUAAACUAACUAACUGUAUUUUAAAUAUUUAUAAUUUAUUUAAAUAGAUUCUAAGAAAGCAAGGAAUUCAUAACUUAUACUUAAAAUGAAAGACAAUUGAAAUGCUUCAACAAAGAAUCACUAAUUAUUUGCUAUUACCCCUUAUAAGAUAAGUCAUUUUUUCAGUACUUUCUUAUUAUACGAAACUAUGGCCAUUAUCACGACUACCGCCCAGCACUACCUCUGUUAUCGCGACUAUCACAAUAUCUUUAUGAUAUCCGAUAUCCGUUGUAUACCAGUGUUACAACUGACAACUAUCUAUAAUUACCUAUAUUAUUAGUUUUACUAAUGUUGGAUUUCCUUUUAAUUACAUUUACUUUAUAGUUAAAAUUUGACUGUUAGCUGUCUCACUUAAAUUUUUCAACGUAUCCUGUCGCAUUGUCAGAACGUAAAAUGAUGUUAAUUCAUCAACAUUUAAAAAAAAUGAAAUCCAAUUUCCUUCAAUUAACAAUUACAAAUGAUUAGUAGUAUUAGAUAAUAAUAUUAAUGUUUCACUAAACGAGGUAGUUUCAUAUAACAGAAAGUACCUUUUUUUUUUAAAUACAUUUUAAUAAUAUUGAAGGUAAUUUUUUUAUUGCUCCACUAUUCCUUUUUAUUUUUGCUACUGCUUCUGAUCGAUCAGAAAAAUAUUGUUACUCAUCAUUAUAUACAAAUAUGAUGCAUAAUUUCAUUAAAUUAUUAGAAAGCUUACAACAAUUUAUAAUAGGCUGAAUUCUAUCAUAAUAUAGUUAACCACCCUCGUUAUUUUGUUGAUUCAAACGGUACAUAUUUAAAACAUCGAUAGGUCAUAUGGUUUCUAUAAAUGAGGCAAUAAAAAGCGCCAUUUAUGAUUUGUUUUUGGCAACAUUUAUGUGAACUUAAUGGGAUACAAAGAUAAAAAAGAUACAUUUGAUACUUUUUGAAAAAAAAAUAUAUUCUUUAUCCAAAUUUUGGCCUCCAUUAUAAUUAAAUUCUUAAACAUUUAUUAUACUUUUUUAAAAUUUAUUUACAAUAAUUAUUAUUAAUAAUUUUUCAUUCCACAUCUUAUUUAAAUUCGUCUUUUAUGUUUUAAAUUUCAAAUAAUCUUUUAUAAACAUCAAUUGUUUAACUUACUCAUGUAAUAGCAAUGUUCUUUUAUCAGAUACAAUUGGCCAACUUGCUUGAUUUUUAAUACAUGAAUAUUUUGAAUAAAAAAAAUCUCAUGAAUGUAGGAAACUAAGUGUUAUAUAGAUAAUUAAAGGCAUAACAAGAGAUCUGUUCUUUUUUUUAAUUUUAAAAGGUUUUGUUUUAGUCGUCAAACUUUAUUUUUAAUUUCCAACAAUGAACCUACUACUUACUAGCAUCUUCUAUUCUGCAGAAAAUAUGCCAUGCAUCUUAUAUGUUGCUUGGUAUAUCCACUUAGAACUUUCCUAAUUACUGUUAUAAGAUUAAGUGCCUUGUCAAUUUUUAAGUACAUUGGUAUUACUUUACAAAAUGACAAUUUUUCAAUUAGUAAAAUUAGUUUUAUUUUAAGGUUGAUUAGGUUAGUUGUAGUACUAUAUUGAUCUUUGUAAUGUUCAAGAUUUAAUGUUAUGUAUAGUUAAAUAUUAUUUAAUUUAAAUUUAAUAUAAUUAUAUACUUUUGUAACGUAUUAAGAAAUAUUGAAAUUUAUUAUUUAGUUAUAAUGAGCCAGUGGUGGAGCAAUAACAUAUUUAUAUCAAAUUAAAUAAAAACAAUACAACAUAAUAAUUGUAAAUAAUUUAAUUAAUUAAAUACAGUUAGCUUACAUUUUGAAGUAAAAAUUUAGUAAAAUUUUUUUUAUAAUUUCAAGUUUAAAAAAUGACUUGCAAAACAAUAUUAAAUAAUGCCACAUUAAACAUUUGCUUCAUUCUCAGUCUGUAUCUUGUUUUGUUAAUUACUUGUUUUAUGUGUAUAGUCGAGAAUUGAUUACUUGCGUCCAAGGGAAAUAGAAAUAAAUUAAAUUUAUGCUUUAAGUUACAAACCUCAAAUAUAACUUAUAAACACUUCAGAGAGUGAGAAAAAAUUUAAUGUUAUAAAGGUUUUUAGGUUUUUGAGUUAUCAUGAAUCGACUAUGUUAUAAUUUUUAAAUCAACCUGUUAUAGUUUUAUAAUUAUUAUGCUUAAAAUUAGAUUGUUAACGCACAAUUGUUAGUUGUGCACUUGUAUCUAUAAUUCAUUGCAGGAUAUUUGUUAUUAUAUUUUGUGUAACAAUUAUAAUUACACAAGUCACAGGUACCUUGGUACCUAUAUGAUAUUUUUAAUUUUUUUUUUUGUUUUGUAAAAGUAACAAUGAAUGACAAAUGUAUUAUUUAAAUUAUGAACAAACAAUUUUGUUAGAACGUACAAAUGUUUUAUUGUUUGAAUAGUUUAUAUCAUAGACCUAUAAAUCUAUAUACUAGUAUGGUCUAUGGUUUGUAUAGCUUAUUAUUUUUUUACACUAAAUAAAUUUACAUACAAUUUGAAAACCAUAUCUUGUUUAAAUAAGAAUAAUGUAAUUAUAUAUUAAAUAUUAUGGAAUCUUAAAACAAA